UUGCAAAUUGGGUGACAGUGGAGGCGAGCGGCUGCAAAAUCUGCUGCAGACUGCCGGAUUCAUGUCUUCCUAAAUAUCUGCAAGGUGGAGGAAUUAACCCACUCAUUGGUCCUGGUUUCAUGAGGAGUAACAGGAAAAAUCUGGAAACUAUCACAUUUUUCCUGUGGAGUCUCUGAGAAGGAAUACUUUUCAUCUUUAACCUCAAGAGUUUCUUCUUCUUGUUGCACCAAAACUAGAUUUUCAGUUUGUCUUGGAUGACUUUUUUAAAGUCACAAUCUUCUGGAAGUUUCUUAUAAAGAGGAUGAGAAGCUAAAACAGGAAGCGGUAAGAAGAUGCCGGCAGCAGGACGGGUUUAUCCAGACAUGACGGAGAGCGUUCAGGUACCAAAGCCCACCGCCGUGACCACCGUCUUCCUCUACUCCCUUUAGCCAACAUGAGGAAGCCGUUUCCUACAAACUCUUCAUGAAACUCUCAAACUUCCAGAGCUGAUCCCAGUUUGUGAAACCGCCUCACAAGAUUUUAAAAGUCAGAGCUGCGAGGAGGAGUUUGAUGUCAGGUGUUGGAAGCAGGAUGGAGGGCAGGAUGCCAGGAAUGAGGGGGCUCCUGAGGAUUCUGGGAUUUAUCUGCCUGUGGAUUACAGCUCAGGCUCAGAUGAAGAUCCCACCGGAGACGGUGCAGGUGUGGGCGUCGGUGUUCUCCGUUGAGCUUCGAGAAUUCACAACCAAAUACUCCGGCUCCCUGCUGCUGCAGAAGAAACUGAAGGAUGUGGAGUCCAUCGUUAAGAUCGUGGAGCUGGACGGAGACGACCUGGUGAAGGAUUACUCGGAUGAAAUCGAGCGGAUGUUGGGAAGCAAGAUGAAGUCAGUGAAGAGGUUGGCGGAGUCUGCAGAGGACGCUGACCUCUACCACGAUUUCAACGCUACAAUGCGGUUUGAUUAUUACAACUCGAUGAUGAUCAACACGGUGGACGAGGACGGGAACAACGUGGAGCUGGGCGGAGAUUUUCCUCUGGAGGAGAACGAACACUUCAACAACCAGCUGGUGAACACGCUGCUGAGCGACAUCCAGAUCCCCACCAACGUCUACAACAAAGAUCCCAACAUCCUCAACGCCAUCUACAACUCGGAGGCGUUAAACGACGUCUUCAUCGGUAACUUUCAGAAGGAUCCGACGCUCACCUGGCAGUUCUUCGGCAGCUCCACCGGCUUCUUCAGGAUCUACCCCGGUAUUAAAUGGACUCCAGACUCCAACAACGUCGCAGCUUUCGACUGCAGGAACAGAAACUGGUACAUCCAGGCAGCCACGUCUCCGAAAGACAUCAUCAUCAUGGUGGACAUCAGCGGCAGCAUGAAGGGGCUGAAGAUGACCAUCGCCAAACACACCAUCAACACCAUCCUGGACACGCUGGGAGAGAACGACUUCGUCAAUGUCAUCGCUUACACUGACUAUGUCCGCUACGUGGAGCCGUGCUUCAAAGGGACUCUGGUCCAGGCCGACUUAGACAACAGAGAGCACUUUAAGCAGCUGGUGGAGGAGCUGCAUGUUAAAGGGGAAGCGAAGAUCAAGAACGCCAUGAAGGAAUCCUUCAAAAUCCUCAAUGAGGCGAGGGCGAACGGUCAGGGCAGCAUGUGUAACCAGGCCAUCAUGCUGAUCACAGACGGAGCCAUGGAGGACUUUGAGUCCGUCUUUGAGGAGUUCAACUGGCCUGAGCGCAGGGUGCGAGUCUUCACCUACCUGAUCGGCAGAGAGAUGACCUUCGCUCAAAACACAAAGUGGAUCGCCUGCAACAACAAAGGUUACUACACACACAUCUCCACACUGGCCGACGUGCAGGAGAAUGUCAUGGAGUACCUGCACGUGCUCAGCCGACCAAUGGUCAUCAACCACGACCAUGACAUCAUUUGGACGGAAGCCUACAUGGACACUGUGCUUCCCAGCACCAAGAAGCUCUUCGCCACCAAAGCUCAGAGUCUGCUGCUGAUGACCUCAGUGGCCAUGCCAGUCUUCAGCAAGAAGAAGGAAACGCUGUCCCAUGGGAUCCUGCUGGGUGUGGUAGGCACCGACAUCCCACUGAUGGAGGUGAUGAAGCUGGCACCCAGAUACAUGCUGGGAGCUCACGGCUACGCCUUCCUCAUCACCAACAACGGUUACAUCCUGGCACACCCUGACCUUCGACCUCUGUAUAAAGAUGGAAAGAAACUGAAGCUGAAGCCGAACUACAACAGUGUGGAUAUGUCUGAGGUGGAGUGGGAGGAUACAGAGGAGAAGCUGAGAACGGCCAUGGUGAGGGGGGAGACCGGCAACAGCAGGCUGAGCAUCAGAGCAUCAGUGGAUAAAGGGAAACGACCUCUGUUCCUCGUCAACGACUACUUCUACACAAACAUCGAUGAGACUCCUUUCAGCUUCGGCAUGGUGCUGACGAGGGGUCACGGGAGGCUGAUGUUUCUUGGAAAUGUGUCUGUGGAGGAAGGCCUACAUGACCUCACCUCCCCAGACCUCAGCAUUGCCACCGAGUGGACGUACUGUGAGACAGACAUCGACCCCAGCCACCGGAAAUACACCCAGCUUCAGGCUGCCGUCCGCUACCUGCUGGGGAAGGAGCCAGACCUCGAGUGUGACGAGGUGUUGCUGCAGCAGACGCUGUUUGACGCCGUGGUGACGGCUCCGCUGGAGGCCUACUGGAACGCCCUGAUGCUCAACGACAGGGUGGAGCCGGGUAUGGAGACAGCCUUCCUCGGUACUCGUGCCGGCCUCAUGAGGAUGAUGAGAUACGCAGGAGUGGAGACCAGAGUGGCAAAAAGGUUUCUGACGCCAACUGAUAAAGACAACCUGUUCACCAUCGAUCACUUCCCUUUGUGGUACCGCCUGGCCGUGGAAAACACUCCUGGAAGCUUCUUCUACUACCCCGUCAACGACAAAGGAGUGAAGUACGUGAUAGGGACCACAGCAGUGACGGUGUCGUCCGAAGGGAAGACCGCCAUGGCCGGAGCUAUCGGGGUGCAGAUGUCCUUGGAUCUGCUGGAAAAGAGGUUCUGGGCCAUUGCCAAGCAGCCUAGCGACACAGACUGUUCAACCAUCGAAGGCGUGUGUCCUCUCAGCUGUGAGAGCGUUGAUCUGAACUGUUUCCUGGUCGACAACAACGGCUUCAUCCUGCUGUCCAAAGAGAGGAACGAGGUCGGUCGUUUCUUCGGCGAGGUGGACGGGUCCGUGAUGGCGUCGCUGAUCAAGAUGGGAAUGUUCAAAAAGGUGUCGUUGUUUGACUACCAGGCGAUGUGUAAGAACAGUCAUCAUCACCACAGCGGCGCCCGACCUCUGCUCAGUCCGUUUUAUGGCAUCGCUGCGUUAAUGAGAUGGUUCUUCUCCAACGCUUGGAUGUUCCUGCUGGACUUUAACCUCUGUGGUCUCUGGCACUCUGAUUAUUUUGUGGACGCCAAGGCUGGUUAUCAUACAAGUCAUAAGCAGAGGAAGGUGGAGGCUCUGCAGCCCUGCGACACGGCGUAUCCUGGCUUCAUGUACGAUUCGUCUGUCAGAGAAGCCAACAGCCUCAUCAAGUGUGGACGCUGUCAGAAGAUGUUUGUUGUGCAGCAGAUUCCUGACAGUAACCUGGUUCUGGUUGUGGCUCAGGCCGACUGUGACUGUUCCCGUCAGUAUGGACCCAUCCUGCUGGAGCCCAAAGAGAUCAAAUAUAACGCCACAGUGAAGUGCAACAGGAUGAAAUCCCAGAAGGUACGGCGGCGUCCGGAGUCCUGCCACGCCUACCACCCGAAGGAAGAUGCUAAGGAGUGUGGCGGGGCGUCGGCCAUCUUCCUGUCGCUCUCGGUCUUCUCGGCCUCUCUGCUCGCCUCGUCUCUCCUCCACCAUUGGACGUAAAGAAGGGACCGAUCAAGACGCUCCUAGGGAGGCGGCGGGAACGUCGUGCACGUCGCCAAAGGAUGUUUUUUACUUUCCAUGAGAGACGACGGGACAUCUCAGAUUUUCUCUCCUGCUGUUCAGACGAGCUUCGACUCUCUCUUCAGUGGAGAUAAAGGGCUUCUUCAUGUUUUUAUUUCUCCUUCUUGAACUAUAAACUGAACGAGGACCAGAGCGUCCUCAGUGCAGCUUCAGUUGUUGCCAUCACACUCAACGAAUGUAGCGUCUUUCUAGCUUUUUUUACAGAAAUAUUGUAUACAAAGUAGAUUUUUACAUUUGCAAUUUAAAAAAAAAAGUAGGAUUAAAGUAAAGGUUGAGCUUUAAACGCUGACAUUCUCAGCUCUCUGAGAGGUCAAAGGUCAACAGAAAAUACAGUCGCCAAAUGUUAAAGGACCAGUUAUUCUUUAAGAGAUUAUUUACCUGCAGGUAUCCUGGAUUUUAGACUGAAGCUGAUGUGUUUUUAAACCAGAUUUAAGUCCUGUCUACAUGUAUACAGAUAUUUUUAAAAACAAAUAUUUCCCUCUACAUUUCGGCCUCUCGUCCACGCACACAGAGUUUUGGGUCACAAAAAUGGAUAUUUUUGAAAACGCCUUCUAAGUAGGGCUGCACAAUUAAUCGAAAACAAUUUUGGCUUCCCACAAUUAAAUGAACAUGAUCGACUGCGAUAUUAUUGACGUUUAAAAUGCGCGCUACACUAAUAGGAAGCUCUGCAAAAUGAACAUGCACUGAAUUCAGGUGAAGAAAAACCUUAUUUGAAGUCUUAUUUUGAAGCAACAAUUUGCUAAUUAGUAAAUAAUUAGUUUUCUAAUUAAUGUAGUAGCACAACAUGAAAGUGAAGUGCUCCGUUUUAUUUUGAUUAAAAAGUUACAGUACAAUUUUAUUUCUUCUAGGAGAUGGAUAAGGAUCAAUCUUUAUUUUGAUGCAAAGAUUUGUACAGGAAUGUAGCACAACAUGGAAGUGAAAGCAGUGCAAUAAAAAUAUUUUGUCCCUAAAGUCAAUGAAUAACCGUGAUAAAUAAUCGUGAUCUCUGUUAAACUGUUACCCAACUGAGUGUAAUGAAGCCGAAGGAAAGGGAGAGAGAAGGCUGGUAACUAAGCUCCCGUGACCUUUAACUUGUGAUCUCACUUGUGGUGAUGUAACCAUUACGGCGAGCGUUUGGAGUUGUUUUUGCGUUCGAGUGUGGACGGAGAUAUUGUGUAAAACAAAGGUCUUGUGGACAGAUUUUUUUCUUUUAAACAAAGGGGAAAAUAUCUGUAUACGUGAAGACGGGGCCUAAAACUCGCAGAGGUUUCAGUUGAAUUUCUGAUUGUUAACGUUGGUACUGUUCAACUCUGCUGUAGAGAUUCAGGAAACGCAACUCAACAAAUUAACACAAGCGAGCCUCCUCAUACACUUAAAUGUCACAGAAAUCAUUUCGAACGCUCUUCUCUGAACACAGAAAUUAGCCUCGUGGAUUAGCUAAUGUGGCUGAUUCGUCUGGAGUAAUAAAAGAACAGUUAUUACUUCUUGUUUUGCUUGUUAUGUUUCCCAAAUCUCUACAGCAAAGGUGAUUAUUAUUAUUAUUAUUAUCAUUAUUAUAACUGCAGCUCUUACAUUUGAAACUGUACUCUUUCAAAUUUUGAUAUAAAGAAUAAUUAUUGUUCA